AUAAUUGUCAUUGUGAAGGGGAUUUAUAUUAUGAGAGUGGAGCUCUGCAAACUUCCAGAGAUUGUUGCCAUAUGCCUUAGGCAAAUCACGGUUAGUGAUAAGUUGUGGCCAAUGAAACAGUUUGGUUUUGCCGGUGUCUUGACAAAAUAAGCUGAGCCGAACUGAAAAUGAUCGGUUUGAAUGAAUUUCUAGUUUGCUUCGGUUCGGUUCUAAUUCUAGAAAAAGUAAUUUAGUUAUUUUUUAAAAGAAAAUCAAGCUGAAAACGCUCACCCUGCUUCCUAGAUCCCAUUUUAUGUGGAUACAAUUCAUUCUUGAAUAUAGAGGAUUUUUCUUAAUCAACAGUAUUUUUCAAGAGAGGGAGAAAAUCAGAAAAUGGGCAUCUCCAAGAUGAAAACUCAUCAAAAGAAGCAUAAGCAAUGGGCUCACAAGCAACAGCAGCAGCCUCCUAUUUAUCUUGCAUCAACUGGGUGGUUCUGAAUUCGUCUCAGAUAUCAUCCUUGAACCCUUCGUUUCUCCCUCUCAAAGCCGAAACCUGUCACUUUCCUCUUCAUUCUGAUAUAAAGCAGGACGCCUCUUCUCUCAAAUACCCAAACCUUCAUCUCCUUAAACUCCGAAAUGUUAGAACUAGAGCUACCCUUGAUGAAAGUGCUCCUGCCCCUAUUCGUGUCCAGGAAGAAGAAGAUGAAGGACCGCAGCCCCAACCCAGCGAAGAAGUUAAGGAGAGUGUGAAAGUGCUCAAGAAUGCUGCAAAGACAAGAAAGGUUGCAGCAGAGGUGGUUUUGUCAGCUCUAACAGUGAUUGAGAAGGCCAAACUUGACCCCUCAGGGUUUCUUAAUACACUUGGUGGGUCGAAAUCCCCUGGCAGAACUUGGAUGCUUAUUUUCACGGCUGAGAAGAAAUUGGAUCGUGGACGGUACUUCCCCCUUACUGCUAUUCAGAGGUUCGAUGCUGCUGGCAAGAGGAUUGAAAAUGGAGUAUAUCUUGGACCAAUUGGAUUCUUGACGUUUGAAGGCAGAUUAUCAUGGAAGAACAGAAUACUGGCCUUCAUUUUUGAGCGCAUGCGCAUAAAAAUUGGACCUUUGAAUCCUUUUGAGAUCAGUCUUGGCCAAAAGGAAGACAGAGAACCAAGCACGAAGGACCCUUUCUUCAUCUGGUUUUAUAUUGAUGAGGAACUAGCAGUUGCUCGAGGCAGAAGUGGGGGAACUGCAUUUUGGUGCCGAUGUCGCCGUGUUGCCACUUGAUUCAUUCUCAACUUUUGUGGCUUAUCGAGGCAUUGUGCUCCUUCUGAAGAUGGUAAUAUUCACUAAUGAAUGCAAGUGUUAUUUUAUGCUUGUAAAAAGUAGACUGAUGACUUGCAAGUGCAUCGUAUCUCACACAUUUCUGUUUCACCAGAUUUGAUGCUAUGAAACAUUCCAUAGGUUCUUGAAUGGCCUAUGUUCAUAUUAUUGAAGCAAUAUGAUAAAACAUAAUUUUAGACCUA